AUGCCUUUCUCAUCGGGUAAUCCAUCUGGAUCUGGUUCUCAACAACCAUUAUCUAUACCAUCUGGGUCAUCCUCAUCUUCUCCUUCUUCGAUAAAUCAUCAUUAUCCUCCUACCGGCACGAGCUUCCCUCGACAGUCGUCUUAUAAUCAGCAUCAACAUCAAUAUCCCGGAUACCCCCACGGACAGGAACAGGGACAGGGUGGUCCGUCAAGAUGGGAGAAUUCGAAUACGAAUGCAAGUGGCGGUGGGAACGGGAUGAGCGGAUUAAGUGCUAUGAUGCGAUCUAGAGGUGGGGGUGGUAAUGGUGGGAAUGAUAUGGAGAUCGGGUCUUCUCCACCUGGAUAUGCCAACUCGUCCUUAUCAUCAAACCCCCAUUCAGGCUUUCAUCCAUCUUCUUACGGUCCCAAUAUGCCCUUUCAAGCUAUCGCGUUGGGAAUAUCCCAUCAUCAACAACCCAACGCAUAUAUGAAUACGGGUAUGGGAAUGAGCAUCUCCCCUCCCCAUUGGGCAUCGGGAUCAGUAGGUUCAGCAAGUUAUGUAGGGAGUAUGGGCAAUUUCGGCGGGUUGGGAACGAGUUUGAAUAGUAGGGAUAGAGAGUUGGAGGCGAGAUAUGUUAAAGAUUUUUCAUGUUGUGGGAAGAAACUGAAUGGUUUACAUGAAUUGUUGGAACACUACGAGGAAGAACACGCCAAUCUAGCACCAGACGUCAGAAUGGCAGCUAUCAGUGCCGCUCAAAAUUCCAUGAAUGGUCUUGGACCCGGACCCGGACCCGGACCAGGUCAGAUUCCAGGUCAAUCACCUAAUAAUCGAUUUAAUACCAAUGGACCAAUCCCACCUACUCCAACAUCAAUCACACAUCACAGUGAUGUACCUGCUCCACCUGGAAUGAUGGAUAUAGAAAUGGAUGAACCCACAACGCAUUAUCCUUCUACUCCAAAUUAUCAUCCUCACCAGCAACAUCAUCCUAGACAUCUACCUCAUCCACAGGGUAUGAUCCCCCCUUCCAACCCCUGGGCAGCAGCUUUCAGACCACAGUUAAAUAACUCUCAACCUCCUCAAUGCGUUCCACCAAGUUUACUUUCUUAUGCUCCACCUACUCCAGGAUCUAGUACAGGUACAAGUACGAGUGCCCAUCCCAACUCCAAUUCUGGCGGUGGUGGUGUGUUGACACCGGAACAACUCCAGGCGAAAGCAUUGAGAAAGGCACAAAAGAAAGCUGAACGAGCUGCCCGGGAAGAGAUGGUCACGUCGGAUGAUGCGGAGGGAGGAGGGGAGAGAAGAUACCCUUGUCCUAUUGAGGGAUGCGAUAAGGUAUAUAAACAGGCCAACGGGCUGAAGUAUCAUUUAACGAGAUCGAUUAAUUCGGGUCAUGGGAAUGUCGCUGCUUUAGGCGGGUUGGCGGCUAUUCUAGGUGAAGGUAAUGGAUUGGAUCAUCAAUAA